GACAGUCUAUCAAAGGACGUAAGGUGAUGAAUAGUCUAGUCUGACCUUUCAAGAAUACUCUCCUAAUUGGAGAUAAUUCAGCAUAAACGGCGCAGAAAGAAAACUUUAUCAAGUUGUUCUUAUUUCAGAUUGAACAAUACAUAACUAACAGUAAGUUUACAGAUAUUAAGAAAAGUUCAGUUCUUUUCAAUGGAAGAGAAUGAAGAGGUCAAGAAAGAAUUAAAUACUGAAUCUACAACUACAGAUGUGACAGAAUUCAAUAUCAACAGGAAAAUAUUUGUCGGCAAUGUCAGCUACAGGAUAAAGUCAAGAAAACUAAGCAAGUUUUUCAGUAAGUUUGGCCCAGUUGACUACUGUUACAUCGUAAAAGACCAUAUUAAGAAAUGGUCAAGAGGGAUUGCCUUUGUGACCUUCAAAGAUGAGGAGUCUAUGCAGAGAGCACUUAAAGCAACAGAAGAUGACCUUUAUUUUGAUGAGAGACAAAUGAGAGUAAAACCUGCAGAACUUUCAUCAAGGACAACAUACUGGCAAGACAAACGUAAUUGUGACUCUAAUGAAGAUGACAGUGAUAUUGAAGAAGAAAUGGAACAUUGUACUGUUUUAGACCAUUCCUUAGAUCAACCUCAGGUUGGGACAGAAGGUUCUUGUCCUAUAGACAGUCUCUAUGACGAUGUUUUACUGCGUAUAUUCACCAUGUUGGCAUGGAAACAACGUAUGGGUAUAGAACGGGUUUGUUGGCGUUGGAAGCGGCUUGUCCAGAGGACAUGGGUGUCACAAAAACAGCUUCAUUUUAAAAAUAUAUUUAAACAGUUUCAGUGUUUAACAGACAAGAUGUUGGUGUCACUAUUGUUACGCUGUGGACAGUAUUUAGAAUCUCUAGAUUUAUCUGCCUCACCAAGACUCCUGUCUGAUUUCUCUAUGGAUAUUAUAGGAAAAUACUGCCCACAUAUAAAGGAAGUCAAUAUAUCAGCAGUCAAGGUCACUGAUGUAUCUUUAAGAAACCUUGUAUCAAGAUGUACAAACUUACAUAAAGUGAAGCUAAGCAGAUGUCUUCAUGUAACGGAUACAGGAAUACAUACACUGUUAACGUCAGGCCAACCACUGGCACACCUUGAUCUCACAGAUGUUUCUCAUUUAAAAGGAAAGUGUUUCAAGACAUUACAGAGUGAUCUAGACUCAUUAAAACAUUUGGUGCUCACUAAUUGUUACAAGGUAGAUGAUGGUAGUUUUAGCAAUCUUAUUGGUCAUAGCAGACAUCUGGAAGAGUUAUAUAUAAACAAUUGCAGAAGUCUAAGUGGAUCAUCACUUAGAGAAGUUUGUCAUAAAUGUUCACAAUUACAUAUACUACAUGCUGCUGGGACAAAAUUUGACACAGAGGCCCUGGAAAAUUUAAAGAAACUGCCAGCAUUGAAAGAGUUAAACUUGUCACUGUGUCACAUGGUUACAGAUUCUGUCUUAGUGUCUUUAAGUGACCACUGUAAACAAUUAAGGUACUUGGAUUUAUGUGGUUGUCAUGCUGUUACAGAUAUUGGGAUAUUAUCUCUGGCAAGACUAUCUCAGUUGGCAUCCAUUAACGUCAGUUAUCUAAACCAGGUCACAGAAGACAGUGUUAUAAAGCUUGCAGAAAGUUGUAAUUUAGUGAAGUUUAUUGCCAGGGCAACAAAGUUUCCAUCUGACUCCAUGAUAAUAAAGCUAGUUGCACUUUGCCCUAGAUUGAAUCAUAUUGAUGUGAGUGGGUGUUUCCAAAUAACAAAUAAGAUGUUUGAAGGGUUCACAAAUCAGUCAAGAUUAAAGUCAGACAUGACAGUUGAUCUCAUUCUAGGAGGUACUUCAGUUGACUGGUUAUCGGAUGACAUAGACUGGAUUAAGACAGUGAUAUCUCAUGUUAAUGUGUCCAUGUAUAAUUAUGCUAUCGAAGAUUUACGCGCUGACAGGGAUAUUGUUCUACCAUCAUACGAUGACGACGAGGAGAAUUGGGAUGACGAAGCUGAGGAGUAUCCGCCCCACUUGCCUUUAUCUGCAUAUCAGCCAUACGAGGUGGAGAUGAGUAAUGAUUGGUGUGACUAUGACGAUGAUUAUGAAGAUAGUUUCCUUGACAACGACGACCCACUAGAAGAUGAACGAUGGAAUUUAUCCUGAAAUGUUAAAGCAUUGUUUUUUAUUGAUGAAUAAAUAUUGAUAUGUU